GUUUCUCCUGUUUUAUUCAGAAGCCAAAGGUGGAUUGGAGUGAAACCUGAAAGUUGUAUCUGGCAAAGAUCACCUGAUUCCAGCAAACAUGGAUGGAGGACACACCUGUGACCAGUGUGGGAAGACUUUCACCAGAGUGGAUAGCCUUAAGAGACACCAACGCAGCCACACUGGAGAAAGACCAUAUGAGUGUGACCAGUGUGGAAAGACUUUCAUCCUAAAGAAUCACCUUAAGACACACCAACGCAUCCACAGUGGAGAAAGACCAUAUGAGUGUAACCAGUGUGGGAAGACUUUCACCGAACGGUUUAUCCUUAAGAGACACCUACGUGUCCACAGUGGAGAAAGACCAUAUGAGUGUGACCAGUGUGGGAAGACUUUCACCAGAAUGAGUGACCUUAAGAUACACCAACACAACCACAGAGGAGAAAGACCAUAUGAGUGUGACCAGUGUGGGAAGACUUACACCAGAAUGAAUCACCUUAAGACACACCAGCACAUCCACAGAGGAGAAAGACCAUAUGAGUGUGACCAGUGUGGAAAGACUUUCACCCAAUGGUUAAUCCUUAAGACACACCUACACAUCCACAGUGGAGAAAGACCAUAUGAGUGUCACCAGUGUGGGAAGACUUUCACCCAAAACAGUAACCUUAAGACACACCUACGCAUCCACAGUGGAGAAAGACCAUAUGCCUGUGACCAAUGUGGAAAGACUUUCACCUACAUGAAUGAACUUAAGGUACACCUACACAUUCACAGCGGAGAAAGACCAUAUGGCUGUGACCAGUGCGGGAAGACUUUCACCAGGAUGAAUUGCCUUAAAAUCCACCAACGCAUCCACAGUGGAAAAAGACCAUUUGGCUGUUGCCAGUGCGGGAAGACUUUCACCAGCAUGAAUGGGCUUAAAUACCACCUACACAUCCACAGAGGACAAAGAUGAUAUGGCUGUGACUAAUAUGAUAAGGCUUACAUCACAUCACGUGACCUCGCUCUAGAAACUAGUAGGAACAAUCAGUGUCAUAACACACCAAAACAGUUUGAGUGUUACCAAUGUCAAAAAAGAUUCUUUCCAUCCUCUGCUCUCUCCAAUCAUCAGCACAGAUGUGAAUCAUCAACAUCUGGACCAAAAAGUACCUCAGCAUCAGAUCAGAAGAAACCCAGUGUGUCUGAACCAGCAGCACCGACUUCUUUUGACAAGAACAUCAAACUUAAAAACCUCCAGAUCUGACUCCAUAGAGUCCAGAUGUGAAGACAAACACCAGACUUACAGCUGUGUUUUGUUGU